GCUCGGUUCCGACGUUCUCCGUCACGGUUGCGUCGUUCGUUUCUCCAAUUGCUCGCUUGUUGCAUCUCGUUGUGUGUCUUCCAUUCGGUUUAAAUCUCGAUCGUUCCAACAGCUACAAAAUAAAAGGAGAAACAAAAAAAAAAAGUAAAUGAAAAUUUAAAUUAAUCGUAGUGUAUUAACUGUUCGCGUUCUGUUAAUAAGAAAGGAAAAUAAAAAAGUAAAAACUGUCGAUCCGUUAAAUGUGCUCGCUAGAACAAUCGUACGAGACGAGAGGAAUUUUCCAGUGUCUUUCUUGAAAACGUACGAUCGAAAUGGUAAAUCGUAUUUGAAAAUAGAAACGGCCAUAUAAAUGAAAGAUAAACUGUUCGAUUCAUCGAAUGAUAAUUUCGUUCGAUUCCUAUGAGAAGAUCGAAAUUGCAAAAUAUACUGACUAAUCCACCAGCGCACAAAUUUUCCUUUGAUUCGAAGAACAUCAUUAAGGAUAAGCGGCGAUUUCCCGACAGAUUCUAAAGUCUCCAGGAUAAAAGAACGGAAGUCGUAAAGGAAAGCCAAAGAGGAUUUCUUCGAGGACUAAGCACAAGAGUGCAACAAAUUUUCAAACAACUCUCUACACGGUUCUAAAGAUAAAGAACAAUAAACAGAGAGAGAACAUUUCUAACAAUAAGGCAAAGUACCAGAAAUAUUCAUCCAUACGUAUGUUCUUAAUCAUUUCUUCUUAACGAUUAAUUCUUUCUUCUUGACGGUUUAAACAGUAUUAGCAAAACGUACAAAAAUGUAUCACUCUUCUUUUCUCGUUUUCUCAUUAUCGUAUUAAUUUGCGGGAAAAUUCGGAGAACGAAAUUCGAAGGAUCGAUAUCGCGAUAUUUAAGGGAUUUCCCUCGGAAAACAUUUCUGUACCUGGAAAAGGAGGAACAGCCACGUUCGUUUACGUGGAAUUACCGUUGCGAGCAGAAUACUCGAACAUCGAAGAUCAUCGAAGAUAUCCCAUUAGGAUAAUUACUUAUCGAAGACCAGCCGGCAAACGAGCAACGACGAGAGCCGUUAAAAGACGAGAGAGAUAAAAGAAUAGCUAGUGCAUUUCAAACGAUCAUGGAUUUCAACGCAUCGACCAGCUACUACGUUUGCGAUUUAUCGUCGUUUCAUUCCUAUUACUCACGGCUGCACGGCUGGAUUUCUCUUUUCGUUUGUAUUUUCGGUUCGAUCGCCAACAUUUUAAACAUUCUUGUCCUGACCAGGCGGGAAAUGCGAUCACCAACCAAUAUAAUUUUAACGGGAUUGGCCGUGGCUGAUCUGCUCGUCAUGAUCGAUUACAUUCCGUACGCGUUUCACCUCUAUUUGUAUCGGCGAUCAAGAAGGGACACCUUCACCUACGGAUGGACGAUUUUUGUGCUGUUCCAUUCGAAUUUCGCACAGGUUUGUCACACCAUUUCAAUUUGUUUAACUUUGAUACUGGCUGUGUGGAGAUACGUGGCGGUAGCAAGGCCGCAACAAAACAGAGAGUGGUGUAGUUACAAGAGAACUAUUUUUGCGAUUUCGAUCGCGUACAUUUUCUGUCCUGUGCUUUGUAUACCCGUGUAUAUCACGACAGAAGUAAGACAGCAAGUAGAAGUUUUGGAUUCCAAUGGAAUGAGCAUAAAGUCUCGAAAUGAAAGUUUGAUCGGAAAUACAACAAACACUACUCUCUACUUUGUUCGAUUGACGGAAAUGGCAGAAAAUCAUGACAUUUUGAAGGAACUAAAUUUCUGGAUUUAUAGCGUGGUAAUAAAACUUCUGCCUUGCCUCGUCCUAACGGUCGUCAGCUUAAAGCUUCUGCAAGUUCUAUUGGAAGCCAAACGAAGGAGGCGAAAGUUAACCAAUAUUCAAGAACAACAGCUGGAAAAAAAGAAAAGUUGCCGAAGAGGGGACAAAGAGCGACAAACAGAUAGAACUACGAUGAUGUUGCUAGCAGUCUUGCUGCUUUUUCUACUCACAGAAUUGCCACAGGGAAUACUCGGACUUUUCAGCGUGCUUCUCGGUCCAGGAUUCUUCUCCACUUGCUACUUGAUGUUAGGUGAUGUUAUAGAUAUGUUAACGCUUGUAAACUCAGCUAUCAACUUCAUACUAUAUUGCACGAUGAGUAGACAAUUCAGGAAAACGUUUAACGAACUUUUCUGCAAAAACUGUAAAAUCCCCAGAAGCACUGCAAAACGGAUUUGUAUAGAAAAUAAUGGAAAUACCGGCACAAACCACACAGUGACGCAAGUAACACAAGUAUAGUUAAGAACGAGGUGGUGGACUCCUCUUUCUACGAUGCUCUCGUCUACCAAACGAACAUCUGAUGAUUGUGAUUUUUAAAUAAGUAAAAUAAUUUAACAAUAAAAUUAGUGUUUACUCGUUCCUUUGUGUUUCGCCAAUAUGGCCACAAGCAAAUAUAAAUAGACACUAACGUCAUAUAAAGGACUCUAUGCACAUUAAAACAUAUUGUGACAUGCAUCGACAACUAGGUUUCCUGAUACAUCUUGCAAUGUAGUUCGGUAUCGGAAAAUCGGUAUCAGAAGUAGCUUUUAUCGAUGCAGAAAUCAGAAUCCUGCGUUAGUAGGUGAGCAAGAUCCGGUUGAGGUGCAGGUUUCAACGUGUAGAGGGAGGCACCGAUAACGAAUAUAAGGUACAGCAGACUCUCAUCGUUUUAUUUUGUUUUUCAAUCUUUAGGCGUACUUUAUCCAAUAGAUGUUAAAAAGCAGCAUUAUCCAUACGCAAAUAAUUUCUGUAAUCACUCAGUUCAUUCGUUUUUAAUUCUUUUAAUAACGCGGAACUGGAAAAUCUGUUUCUACCAAUUAACCAUGUUUUUGCCCAUUACUUUUAAGCCUUAAAUCAUUAUUUUUUUAUUAUGAACAUACCCUCUAUUAUAUUAAUACUGAUAUUGCAAUUGAAAAAUAACCAAACAUUUUGACAUAUGUGUUUUGGCGUUGGUGUCACACCAUAAACUAAGAACAAUCGGUAAUGUGGAGAUAAAUCGAAACCGAUGCAGAUUUCUUGAAAUCUAAGUGUCGAUGCGUGUCGCGGCAUGUUUGAAAGUAUGUAGGGUCUUAAUAGUUAGUUUUUACAUACGAAAUGUCUUUUCCACAAAACUGUGCCAGCAUAUUGUACGAGAGAAAACUAAAGGUAAGAGAAAAAUAUCAUACAAUAAUACAAUAUAAUAAUACUUUACAAAAAUGUUAUUUCAGAAAUACAAAAUAAUGAUAAUAAUUAAAUGAGAAUUAUCUUUAAUCAUAGAUAAACCGAGGAGAAUUAAUUCAUUGGCUUUCAAAAUCACCAGACAUCAUGUCACUGGAUUUUUAAUUGUGGACAACAUUAAAACAAAAGGUUUACCAGAUAUGAGAAAUUAAUAUCGAAGAAUUUGUUCUACAAUUUACCGAAAUUGAAAGAAAUCAAUUUGCAAUGUAAUAAUUUAAAUUUUUUAAGGCUGUUAAUCCAAUAAUUAUAAGGACAGAUGACGCUUUGAAAGGAACUAAUGUAGGUAAAUAGCGCCAAUCUGUUAUUAUACUGAAUCGAACGAGAAUCAGUCCGUUGUUAUUCCGCACUUUCGUUGUAAUUUUUUACUAAAGCAUUUUUGAACCUA